GUCUGCGGAUCCCAGCCCGUGAUGUCCAUUUGGUUUCUAGCGAGUCUAUGAUGCGGCUCGCCGGCUCCGAUUAUUUGUCUGUGCGGGAUUUACAGGAUUAACAAUCCCCUGUCAAGGUCGAAGGUCUCAGACAGAUUUUAGUGCGUGUGGAGGAGAUCCGUGUGCGCAGAGGCAGCCGCCCGGGGAUGUCAUGUUGUUGUGCACCGGACUGCGGGGAACAGUGCAUACUCCUCUCCUAAUUCUAUAAAAGAUGAUUAAUGCUUGUAUGUGUCAGACACGUGCCACGGUGGUCCUUUGCAGUGGGCAGAGCGUUUUGCAGCACAUUUCAUUUCAAUUCUGCGGAGCAGCCUGAUACCGGUGAAAUGAUCUUUCCGCGCACUGCGGUAACAGGCUGUCCCGCUUCACACAGGUUUUGCACUGUCAGAGCUAUUGAUCUGGUGGCGGUAGAUGUUGGAAUGCGGUCCGUUUGAUCGCCCUCCGGAACUGCAGCAGUCGCAAAGGAAAACAUUGCAUCUUAAACAAUGGCUUCACUUUCUUGACAUUAUGGACAUUGAAUCUUGGCUGAAGGUGUCUCUUUUACCAUCGUGGGACAUCUCCCCUAUACCCUUGUCAAGGUCUUGACAUCAUUCCCAUGGUGUGACGCUUUGAAUUGAGCACAGUAUUUCUGCUGAGGCCUAACCAAAGAUUUGAAACACGGAAUAUUCUUUCAGACUCACCACAAAUUCACCUCAGAGCUUCAAUAGUUUUUUGUUGGGCUCCUCCCUUACCUGCCUGACACUGAGUUACUCUUGACUGAAAAUAUUGCUCAACAUUUGUAGUGUUACAGCAUUUGUGAUCGAGUUUUCCAAUGCCUAAAAAUAGCAAAGUUGCGAAGAGAGAACUGGAUGAAGAUGUCACAGAGUCUGUCAAAGAUCUUCUUUCCAAUGAGGACAUGAAUGAUAACCAGUUUAAGAAGAGUGCAUUGUAUGUCGAUGAUUCACAAACUGACAAAGAUGUGGACAUUGAAGAAGGAUCUGAUACUGAUGAUGAAAGGCCUGCCUGGAAUAACAAACUUCAGUACAUUCUGGCACAGGUUGGAUUCUCUGUUGGUUUAGGCAAUGUAUGGAGAUUCCCAUACUUAUGUCAAAAAAAUGGUGGAGGUGCCUAUCUCGUGCCGUAUUUGAUUUUGCUCCUUAUUAUUGGGAUCCCACUCUUUUUCCUGGAACUCGCAGUGGGUCAGAGAAUCAGACGAGGCAGUAUUGGUGUGUGGAAUUACAUCAGCCCAAGACUGGGUGGAAUAGGAUUUUCAAGCUGCAUUGUGUGCUUCUUUGUAGCUCUUUACUACAAUGUCAUUAUUGGUUGGAGCUUAUUUUACUUCUCCAAGUCCUUUCAGCACCCACUGCCCUGGGAUCAGUGCCCCUUGGAAAAAAAUGGGACCCAGACCUUUGUUGUUCCCGAAUGUGAAAAGAGCUCAGCCACAACCUAUUUUUGGUACAGAGAAGCACUGGAUAUAUCUAACACCAUUUCAGAGAGUGGGGGUCUGAACUGGAAGAUGAGUAUCUGCCUAUUCAUAGCCUGGUUUAUGGUGUGUCUUGCCAUGAUCAAAGGCAUUCAAUCUUCUGGAAAGGUGAUGUAUUUUAGCUCUCUAUUUCCCUACGUUGUACUUAUCUGCUUUCUGGUUCGUGGUCUUCUUCUGAAGGGUUCUUUUGAUGGCAUCCGUUACAUGUUUACUCCUAAGCUGGAGAUCAUGUUGGACCCUCAGGUCUGGAGAGGAGCUGCAACCCAAGUGUUCUUUGCUCUCGGCCUGGGAUUCGGUGGUGUGAUUGCUUUCUCCAGCUACAACAAACGAAACAACAACUGCCAUUUUGAUGCAGUCCUUGUAUCCUUGAUCAAUUUCUUCACAUCUAUCUUAGCAACACUUGUGGUGUUUGCUGUCUUGGGCUUCAAAGCAAAUAUGAUAAACGAAAAAUGUAUUGCUAGAAAUGCAGACAAGAUCCUGGAAAUGCUACAAGCAGGAGUUGUCAGUCAUGAUCUCAUCCCUCACCAUGUUAAUCUGUCAGAUGUUUCAGCGACCGAUUACCACCAGAUGUACAGCAUUAUAAAGGAAGUGAAAGAAGAAGAGUUUCUGAAGUUAGGCUUGGAUUCGUGUCAACUGGAGGAUGAACUUAACCAGGCUGUACAAGGAACUGGUUUAGCCUUUAUUGCCUUCACUGAGGCCAUGACUCACUUCCCAGCAUCCCCUUUUUGGUCAGUGUUGUUCUUCCUUAUGUUGGUAAAUCUAGGCUUGGGCAGCAUGUUUGGUACCAUUGAAGGAAUACUCACACCACUCGUGGAUACAUUCAAAGUGCGCAAAGAAAUUUUGACCAUUGGCUGUUGUCUCGUGGCUUUCAGUAUUGGCCUCCUCUUUGUACAGCGCUCUGGAAACUACUUUGUUACCAUGUUUGAUGAUUACUCAGCUACCUUGCCCCUACUGAUUGUGGUUAUCCUGGAGAAUGUUGCUGUUGCUUGGGUUUAUGGCACAGACAAGUUCAUGGAGGACUUAAAGGAUAUGCUGGGGUUCGCUCCAUUCCGAUAUUAUUAUUACACAUGGAAGUACAUCUCUCCACUAAUUCUGAUUGCUCUGCUCAUAGCAAGCAUUGUCCAGAUGUGCUUAAGUCCACCAGGUUACUAUGCCUGGAUUAGUGAAUUGGCUGGUGAAAAGUUUCUGAGUUUCCCAGUAUGGGGUUUGACCGUCUGCAUCUGCCUCAUCCUAGUGGCAGUUCUCCCUGUCCCUAUAGUCUUCAUCACCCGUUAUUUUAAUCUCAUUGAUGAUGGCUCCAACUCUCUGGCCUCGGUCUCCUACAAAAAAGGACGGAUUCUGAAGGAGAACUCCAACCUGGAGGAAGAUGAUGCCAGUCUCCUGCACAGCAAAACCCCAAGUGAGAUGCCCUCUCCAGUGGUCGGCAACAGUAUUUAUCGUAAGCAAAAUGGAUCCCCCACUCCAGAAGCAGACACAGCUCCAAAUGGCCGCUAUGGCAUCGGGUACUUAAUGGCUGACAUGCCUGAAUCAGACUUGUAGCUUCUGAUUGAGCUUUGCCUGGCUAUGUGUAUGUUGCUACAUCCAGCGAAAUUGCCACUCAGAAGCACGCAGAGUACUAAUGUGGCAUAUGUACCAUGUAUAUCCUGUAGAUAGACUAUAUUUUUCCAUAUUAGUGAUACUGAAAUACUGUGUCUGCCAGUAGCUGUGAGUUUCUAUUUCUAUAAGAUUGUAUUCAGUGAUCCCUAUAAGAAAAAAAGUGAUCAUCUUUCUUGAAGAAAACCUGUUUGUUUCCCAGCCACAGAUUACUCUUUACCAAUACGUAAGAGAAAUCAGCAAAUGUAUGGGAUAUUCAUUUCUAAACUUUACAUGGCAUAUGCAGACAUUUAGAAUGAAUUUCAACACUGAAUUAAGAAUAUAAACUGAUAUAAUCACAAAUUAUUUACUAGUUUAUGAAACAGCAGUACGUGUUCUUAUUUUUAAAAAUUGAGGUUGUAGAGGGGAUACUCUUUUUCUGACAACCACAGUCUUACCCACAGGUCAAGGGGUGGCACUGAGGCAAGAGCACAGUAGUCCCAGUUCUCUGACCACCCAACCCAGGAAUUAGUUCAAGUGUUUUUUUCAUUAGAACUCAGAUUACUGAAGCCCAAUAUGAUGGAUUACAGGUUGCUGGCUGAAGGAGCACAGCUUGCUACAUUGGCCAAGAGAUUUCCUUCAGAGACCAUUGUGGCUCUUACUUAUGUGUGCAAAGGGUCAGACACUUUUCUGACAUUGGUUUGCCCUGAGUCAGUCAAUGAGCUUCUGGGCUGGACUUAGAGAAAUUAAUCUGCAACAAAGAUGAUGAUUGAACUUAUCCAAAUGUGAAGACAGAAGAAGCAGGAGUACUCCUUCUAACCAGACAUCAAAAGAUGUACCCAACACCUACCCAUUUUUCUCCCUAAUGGUCAUGCAUAAAGAUCAUUCCACCUGAGCUCUGAACUCCUGGAUAUUCUGAACCCAAUGAGGACUCUGGCUCAGAUUCCUGAUCUUUAUGUUCCAAUGUCCACCCACCCACCCCCACACCCCACACAACUGCCGGCCAAUUUCUCAAGUCCAUUCCAUCUUACCUGACCCCCUCCCAAUCCAGCACCUGAUAUUUGGACUUGCUUACCAUAAACUGUGGCUUGCUUCCUCACUACACCUUGCUAGUGAAAUAUUAUAAUGAGUCUUAAAGUCCAAUAUCCUAGCAGAUCAAGUUUCAGGCCCAAAGUCAACUGGGGAAGGGGGGUGGGGGCAUAUCAUGGAAUUUUCCUCAUUUUGUUCACCUUGGACAAUCAUAUUUUCUGAAAUUGUAACUGCUACUACAUUGCAGUACAACAAUUUCUUUCAGCUAGUUUGUUAAUUCUGGUGAAAAGCAAGCAUUCUCUCCUUUAUUUUUCUAAAGAGAUAAUGGCAUCUACCCUUUAGCAGUCAUAUUGUGAAAUGGAAAUUAUUGUGCUUUUCUGCUGUGUAGACACACCGCGUGAGUGGCCAGCAUGAGCUUUGGAUAGCUGGAGGGAGCAGUAAUUUUAAAAUCAGCUGUAUAUUUUGUGUAAAGUGUUUGCUAUUAUUAAUUUGAAAAGGUAAAGUACUAUUUUUAAGAGUCCACACUGGCUCUUAUUAUCAAACUGUUCAGUAUGAUUAAUUUGUUGCCUAAUUAUUUUAGAUAUUUAUUGUGAUUUAGAAUAUUUAGUGAACAGGCUGUAUAUUUAUAUUGCAUAUUGUAAAAUGUACAUAUGUAAAAAAAAAGCUUUUUUUUCAGCAUUGAUAAAGCCUUUGAUGAAAUUCUUUGUUAAUUUUGUUACCUUUGCUAAAUUGCUUUCCUUAUGGUAAAGGUAUCACUGUACUCUUCCUAUAGAGGAACAUUUAGUUUCUGGAUUUUGUCUGGAGAUCUACAGCCCUUUUGUUAUACUCCACAGGAAAUUAAACACUUAAUGAUAAACCA